AUGGCUACAAUGAGACAGACCCUAGAACAGCUCAACCACCGACAAGAAAACAACGAGCAAUCUUGUGUUCUUGACUGGUUGUCUACCGUUGACUACACGUUGCAACAGAGCGAUCUUCUUGGCCGACGACAAGAAGGAACUGGAAAAUGGCUUCUAACUUCGAAAGAAUAUAAAGAUUGGCUUCGCACACGCCACGCCACAUUGCUUUGUCCGGGUAUUCCAGGCGCAGGAAAGACCAUCUGUUCUGCUAUUAUCGUGGAUGAUUUGUUUACGCGCUUUGAGGAUAGACCGGAUGUCGGCAUAGCCUAUAUAUACUGCAACUUUAAUCGACGAGAUGAACAGCAUGCUCAAGACUUGCUUUCAAGUCUGUUGAGACAGCUGAGCCAGCAGAAAGCAGCCGUACCAGACGCCGUGAAAGACCUUUAUAAGCGCUAUCAUAAUACACCGACGCGUCCGAGAUUCGAUGAAAUAUCGAAGGCCCUGCAAUUAGUCAUUUCCCUCUAUUCCGACGUGUUCAUUGUCUUCGAUGCCCUCGAUGAGUGCGAAUAUACUUGCCGCACCAGACUUUUGCGUGAAAUCAUGAGGGUUCGUGCCGGUGCUGGAGCAAAUGUCUUCGCCACAUCAAGGCCAACAGAGAUACAUGACCUGUUUAAAGAUGGCGACGUUUUAGAGAUACGGGCUCAUGAGGACGACGUUCGAAGAUAUCUUGAUGGUAAUAUGUUCCGACUCCCCGGCUUUGUGAGCCGAAAUCGUACAUUACAAGAGGAAAUUAUGGUCGUGAUCUCACGUCACGUACAAGGAAUGUUCCUCCUUGCACAGCUUCAUUUAGAGUCGUUGAUUGGGAGAAGGUCAGCCAAAUCUACCCGAGCCGCUCUGAAAGAGCUCUCAAAGGGAUUUGAUGACCAUACAUACGAUAAGGCUUACGGGAACGCCAUCAGUCGCGUUCAGGGUCAAUUAGGAGAGCAGACUGACCUGGCGAUGCAAACUCUGUCCUGGCUCGUAUGCGCAAGAAGGCCACUCACCUCAUUGGAGCUGCAGUAUGCGCUCGCAAUAGAAGAAGGGGAAUCUAGCAUCGAUGAAGAGAACAAACCAGAAGUUGAAGACAUACUUGCUGUGUGCGCUGGUCUUGUUACCGUCGAAAAUGAAAGCGGAAUAAUUCGUCUUGUUCAUUAUACGACGCAAGAAUACCUCGAGCGGAAAAAGGAAUUCCUGUUUCCCAACGCCCAAGAUACAAUCAGCAUAUUGUGUGUCACUUACAUUUCAUUUGAAAUAUUUGGAUCUGGGAUUUGCGAAAGUGAUGAAGCGUUCGAGGAGCGUUUAGAAUCACAUCCAUUUUACCUUUAUGCGGCGCGCCAUUGGAGCGACCAUGUGCGAACAGCGAACAGUCUGCAUCCUGAUGUGAUAGAUUUCUUGAAAGAUCAGCCAAAAGUUGCUGCCUCAGAACAAGCGAUCCACGUUACGACGCCCUCACUCUCAAAGAAAGGUUGGAGCCAGGAUUUUCCAAGGGAAAAGACGGGGCUACAUCUCGCUGCAUACCGCGGGAUUGAGGAAGCAGUGUUAUACUUUCUUCAAAAUCACCACCCUGUGGACAUUUCUCAUAAUGGUGGUUGGACACCUUUGAAAUAUGCGAUUUCAGGGGGCCGUUCAGAUGUCGUCCGGUUACUUCUUUCCCAUGGAGCGGACCCAAAUGGAGCGAGUCAGGACCCCGAUAUCCCGCUUGCAUUAGCCGCCCAGUAUGGAAAAGAUGCUAUCGUCAGACUUCUUCUUGAGUGGGGUGCCGAUGUUGACGCCCCAGAUAGAUGGUACGGAAGUGCCUUGAUCGCAGCGUGUGAUGAGGGCCAGCUUAAAACUGCGGAGAUCCUUGUCAACAGCAAAGCAGAUAUAAAUACCGAAAGCGAGCUCUAUGGUAGUCCAUUGGAAGCUGCCGCUUCGGCAGGCCACUGGAGACUAGUGGAAUUUCUACUUGAAAAGGGCGCUGAGCCCAAUUCUCAAGGAACUGGGGUUGACACCGCUUUGCAAUCAGCAGCAUUCCAGGGCCAGGAAGAUAUUGUUCACACUUUGCUCAGCCAUCACGCUGAUGUCAAUCGACAAGCAGGAGCCAGUGGAAAUGCACUGAUAGCGGCCUCGAUGAAUGGGGCGCAACGAAUAGUGCAAAUGCUCCUCGACAGUGGUGCCGACAUAAAUGCGGAACAUGAGCUGGGAACAGCCCUAGUUGCUGCUGUUGCAAAAGGACAAUCCCAGAUAGCACAAAUGUUACUCAACAACGGCGCCGACGUUAACGGUCGUGGUAGACUACAUGGCACUGCGUUGCAUGCAGCCACAGCGCUCGGAAAUAUACAAAUCGUGCAAAUGCUUCUUGAUAGAGGCGCUGACCACACCAUACGUGCAGGUGUUUACAAAACGCCCCUUCGAGCAGCCAUGACGAGAGGUCAUCGUGAGGUCGUCUCGCUCCUUAGGAUACAAAAGGGGAGCAACUAA